CCAAGUGUUAUCAUAACAAUUCUCUUUAGUACGAAUCUUCCAUUCAAUUACCAACAUAAUCACUCGUUUUUACGCUCUCGAUUUUACUCUUGGAAGGAUCGAGUAAUCUGUUAAAGUUGAAGUAAAUUAAUAAAAACUGCAACAUUUGAACUGUAAAUAAAAAAAAUUGCAGAAACAACGAGUUGAAUUUUUAAUUAAUUUUAGUGCAUUUUUGUGUUUAUUGGCAACAAGAUAAUACCAAUCUUGUUAAACAACCACAUUCAUUAUUUUUUAAUCUAUGACGAUAAUAAUUAUCGUAUAAAUGGGGGCAAUAUAAAGCGAAUUAUCAGUAAUCAUCUCAAUCAUUGGUGAUAACGUAGAAAUAUUUGUCUCGUGAAACGACUCUUCACGUGUUCUUUAAAGGCUGUCGAGCUUUGGAGAGUGACGUUCCAUCGAAUGAGACGUUCAGUCUUCUUCGACUCUCGUGAUCAUCCACUACACACUAUUCUACUGUGAUUUAUUAGACACAAGGAAUACUUUUUCUACUUCAACCUCAAUACCAAAAAAUCAAGCAAAAUGUGGAAAAGUACGACAGAAAAGGAAACACCUGGCAGCCAAAUGAAAGAGUUUAGCAGCACCACAAAAAUAGCACCUGGGCCCAUCGGAGAAUAUAACGAAAAAGAUGAACUUUACGACCCAUUUGAGAAUCGUGAUAAAAAACAUGCAAACUCUGACCUUGGAUCGCUUGUACAUAUGGUCAAAUCAUCAUUAGGCUCAGGAAUAUUAGCGAUGCCUAAUGCUAUAAAAAAUGGUGGUCUUUUAUUUGGUGGAAUUGGUACCAUUCUAAUCGGUAUACUUUGUGGCCACUGUGUCCAUAUCCUUGUCAAGUCAUCCCACGCUUUAUGUAAGCGAACAAAAACACCAUCAAUGACGUACUCCGAAACAGCUCAGGCAGCCUUUGCUUGCGGCCCGAAAGCUAUUCGUCCUUUUGCAAAUUUUAUGAAGAUCGUCGUGGACACUGCUCUUUGUUGUACCUAUUUUGGCGGUGCAUGUGUUUACGUUGUGUUUAUUGCUACAACUAUCAAACAGAUUACAGACUUUCACACCAAGACGGAUUUGGAUAUACGAUUGUAUAUUCUUGCGUUAAUACCAGCUGUUAUUCUCCUAGCCCAAGUCCGUAACUUGAAGCAUCUCAUUCCUUUCUCUACACUCGCCAACGUUUGUAUGAUGCUUGGCUUGAUUCUGACCUUGUACUAUGUUUUUAAUAAUUUUGAACCCACCAAAGACAUUAAAUAUAUUGCUGAAGUUGGUAAUCUACCAAAGUUUUUUGCUACUGUUAUUUUCGCCAUUGAAGGAAUUGGUGUGGUAAUGCCUGUGGAGAACAGCAUGGAGAAGCCAAAUCAUUUCUUGGGAUGUCCAGGUGUCCUUAAUAUCACAAUGAGUAUUGUUGUUUUCUUGUAUACACUCGUAGGAAUUUUUGGAUAUUUAAAAUACGGUGACUCUACGGAAUCAAUUAUCACUCUAAAUUUAGCUACCGAAGACAUAUUGGGUCAAUCCGUGAAAGUUAUUAUCGCUCUGGCUAUACUUUUCACUUAUGGUCUACAAUAUUUUGUUCCUCUAGAUAUUAUGUCAACUUUAGUCAGAGCUCGGUUGAGUCACAGAUUUUCUGGCGUUGGUGAAACAGUUUUCAGGGUCUUCAUGGCAUUAUUAACAAUUGCUGUUGGGCUUGCAAUUCCAAAAUUAGAGCCAUUUAUUUCUCUUGUGGGUGCAGUAUUUUUCUCGAUUCUUGGUAUCAGUAUUCCUGCGAUUGUUGAAACAAUUUCCUGCUGGGAAGGACAUUUAGGAACGUGUUAUUGGCGACUAAUAAAAAACAUCAUCCUUGGUAUUUUCUCAAUAUUCGGUUUAGUCACUGGAUCGUGGGUCGCAUUAGCAGAUAUUAUCAAAACUUACUCAUAACAACUUUGAAUAUCUGCUUUUUGAAUGCUACAAACGCCCAGUAAUUCACUCGCUCGAAUCAAGGACAAAGAAUCGAGAAAUUCGAGUGAAAACAUGUGAGAUUCGUCUGACGUUUUCAACUUAUGGAUACUUACUAUAGUUAAUUUGUGACAUAGUAGGUAUUUUGCCAAAUGAAAUAAAAUGGAGCAAAAAAAAAUAUUAUCACACGACCUUCAGUUAAACGCGUGAUUACGACGAUUCACGGCUUGUUUAACAAGUUGUUGAUUUGGAGAUGGAUUCUUUUGAGCCAUUUUGACAUGACCGGUUUUGUUAUCCUCGGCUGUAAACUGAUAUAUGCCAAUAUAUAACAUGUAAAAAGUACCAAGAAUGAUUGGAAUCCAUGAGAGAUAUCGACAAAAGUAUAAAAAUCGAUGAGCUCUAAUAACAGGAGCGAGUAAUUCUAAUCUUGCUUCACUCGUCUGGAAAGAAAAAAAACAAAACAAACAUUAUUUACGACACAUUUUUUCAAUUAAAUUAUAAAUAGAACAAUGACAUGAUGAUAAUGUGAUUACAAUUCAUGAGAGAAUUGAAACUUGAAAUUUUUAAACGAUUCAAACACCAUUUUUAAAUUCUAUCAAUUUACAAGAGAAUGUGAUAAUUCAUUCAUGAAUUAAAAAACGAAGAUUGCGUGAUUUUUUAUGACACAUUAAUUUAUAUACAGCAUAGAGACUUCGUUAUAGUACGAUUACGUAAAUAAACAUGAUGAUAUUAUUACAAUUCAGUACGAAUUUUUUAUACUUCAAUAGCCUUCAAUAGAAUUUCUUAGAACUCGUUCUACAAUAAUUUCAAUUACUGAAUGAUUUAUUUUUCUACAACGAACUCUCCAUUGAAAUUAUCCUCAAACUAUUUUCAGCUAAGUUAAAAGAAUUGGUUACUGUAUUACAAAUCAUGGAAAUUAACAUUCGAGCUUAUGAAAACAUUGAAAAACAAAAUAUUUACAAUCAGAAUAGGAUAUGAAUAAUGUAAAAGCACCAGUGGUUAGACAUAUGUUAAAACUUUAACAAAAUUAUUUACUUAAACAAGAAUAAAUGUGUAUUACUAAACUUCAAGAAAUCAAUUUCCAUUAAUGAAUAAUUAAUAACAAUCAUCAACAGAAAAAUACUAUUUACGCCUUUAAAAGGUUUGAAAUAACUAUGUCUAACUCUGGAAGCUUCUGAGAGAACAUCCAAAGCGGUAAAUGAUAUUGUACUGAAAAGUACCUCUUCGGCCCAAAGAAAGGGACAAAAACCCUCCGUAAGGUUAGAUAAAACGGUAACUGCAGUAUUUGGAGCGAUUCGAACACUAAGUUGCAAUUUCUUCGACCCACUCAAAGGAGCUCCAGUAAGAGGUUCGAUAACAAUAUAAGUUGCGUGAGCUUCUAUAUUGGGCGUCAAACCUUUCGCAUAAUCAAGAAGAUCUGGAUCUCCAUGGAGAAAAUGUGGUUCUGAAUAUAUUGCCUCGGCGUCCUGUAACAUUUAUGCAGAAAGUAUAAAUAUUUAUAAUCAACUACGUGCGAUCUCACGUAAUGUGAACGAUUAUUUAUUAAGCAAUGUACAGUAGGUUACAUAGAGCCUGAAAAUGUCAAUCGAGCUCAUAAAGUAAUUAUAUACGAAGUAUUACAUAGUAAAUUAUUACCUGACACUUUGAGAUAUCUAAAAGACCAGUUGGUAGACAUUUUAAUGCUUUUUUUGGUCCAAGUGGACAGUAGCAUUUGAUUUUGUCUUCAGACCAAACGGAAUCAUCCAUUUCAUAUCGAUGGCCUAUUAAUCCGUGAUAAAUUUCAUCUCGUUUAUACAUAGUCUCUAUUGAUCUAUUAUAAUAAUAUAAUCGUGUUAAAAUAUUUUUUAUUUGUAAACAGUACUUUUUGAGACAUAGAAUUAAGUUUUGUACAUACCGACAUAAAGUAGGUUCAUAUACGGUAACGAAAGGCCAUUUUUCUUCCAUUGGAGCCCAUGUAAUUGAAUCAGUACCAGAAACAAUAUUGCACUCUUUUUCAUUCCAAAAUUUUCCUACUCUAAUAUUUUUAUAAGAUGUCGUAUUGCCUAAUGCAUCUUUAUUUUUUACUCCUCUGUUAACAGUAAAGGGGCCUUGUUCGGUACCGUUAAGCUGUGACGUAAUAUUACAUUGUAUUAUUGUAAAAACUAUUUUUAACGUAGAGUUAAAUCUAUUUAUUAAUCUUAAUAAACAAUAUCGAUUAUUACAUAAAAUGAAUAAUUAAUGUUUA